AUGAGCAUACACGGAAGCUCUAGCGGAUGCAGUUCGGGCAGCAGUGCCGAAUCUCAGGUAUCUGCCAGUGCUAUUGGUUGUAUCGAGAAAGCUGAAGAUUACGGUCAUCUGCACAGUGCAUGGACCACGUGGUGUCCAACACCUCGGCAAAACGUCGAUCAAAUACAUCCCCAGGUAUUCUCUAAGGAAAUGAGUCAAAGAGCGCCUUACGUCAGAAUACCUGUGAACUUGGAUUUCUCACGCGCUUCCCCACCGAAAUCACGCAUGGUUGACGCGGUCAGCUUGGUGUCUGAUACGGAUGUCAUCGAUCCGGUCUACAGCAAGAUCCGCAGCUCCUCCUUCGGUGACCUUGUUCCAUGCGACUACGAUUCUGUCAUUGACUCUGACGAGUGGGAUGUACCUGCACAAGAGCCUCAAGGCUCCAACAAGCAUGUCUCGUCUGACUAUUCUGGUUACAAUCCGGAUCAAAACCAGCAACUAUCGACCGAUAUGCUACCAAAACACAACCCGGUUCUGUCUUUACAAAUCGACCUGUUGGACGUGAAAUCCACCCCGUGCAUCGAUACACUCGACAAAUAUCCGGUAGUAAAAUCGAACUCACCAUCUGAAAUCUACUCAGCUUAUCCUCCACAGUGUGCAUUCUCUUCCGAACCGCGGCGUGUUAAGGGAGACCUGUAUAGCUCACCUGAACGCGUUCUACCACGAAAAAUUGCGUCCAGCUCUCCGGCAAGAUCUCUUAUCACGUCCGCACAAACCCGGACAUUGAUGUCCCCAUUGAUGGAACGAUCGAUGGAGGAUGAAGAAGUUCGAUACGUGCUCAGUCAGCCAUCGCGCUUGUAA